AUGUCUGACUUUCAGCUUGGUAAAAUUUUUUACGAUCAUAGCCAUGGUAAAUAUUAUGUAGAAAACAAUUUAGAUUGGAAUCGUAAAUGGCAUAAUGUUGUUUGGUCAGAUGAGUUCAUUUUUAACAUUAAGCAGUUUUCAGCAAGUCAUAAUACACAAUAUGGACUAGGGCCAAUAGUCCCUAUCCGUGGCAAUGUAAAUGGUGAAGCUUAUGUUAGACUUUUAAGAAAGCAUGCUAUUCCUGCUAUACAACGUCUAGUUCCUAACGGACCAGCUAAAGAAGCUCUCAAACAAGCUAGUAUUUCUAUUCUACCUUGGCUUGCCCAAAGUCUAGAUAUGAAUCCAAUGAAAAACAUGUGGCAUGAAGUUGAAAGACGUUUGCAUAAUUCUCCGGAUGAGCCUACAAGUAUUGAUGAUUUAGAGGAAAAGGUUAUAGCAGCUUGGUAUUCAAUUCCAUGCCAAUAUUAUCGUGAUGUGGUGUUUAAAUGGUUCAUCA